GUCCAGUGUUAGCCAUUGACUCACUCGCUCGCUCGCUCGCUCGCCUGCUUCUGGGAAGAAAAUUCCUCAUACCCUUCGUUGUUUGUUGGUUGGCGUGUGCGCUGUGUCAAGUCCUCCGUCGAGUCCUCCGAAGAAGCAGCGAGAACAAUUUGGUUCCUUGCGCCUGCCAGUGGUCGACAAUGGCCCCAUUGCCAGAUCCUACAAUUGACCUCGACUGGUCGGGCUACGUCGGCUCGAUCCAGGAUCACUUUCGCGCCCAGGCCGAGGCGCACCCCGAGCGAACCUGCGUCGUCGAGACCAAGUCGUCCACCACUCCCGAGAGGAGGUUUACCUAUCGCCAGAUCUACGAGGCCUCCAACACGUUAGCAUGGUACCUGCACAAUGCCGGCGUCACCAACGGAGACGUCGUCAUGAUCUGGGCCCACCGCUCGGUCGACCUCGUGGUGGCCCUGAUGGGCAUCCUGGUACAGUUUCCCCAGCAUGUGCGCCCCGGGGUCGCCUGUCUUCUAACCCUUGUCUUGCAACUCCCAGGCUUCCGGAGCGACAAUGACCGUCCUCGAUCCCGCGUAUCCCCCGGCGAGGCAGCAGAUCUACCUCGAAGUCUCCCGGCCCCGCGCCUUGCUCAGGAUCGGGCGGGCUACCGACGAGAACGGGCCCCUGGCGCCCUUGGUUCAGAAGUACAUCGACGACGAGUUACAGCUGAAGACUGAUGUUCCCGAGCUCAGACUCCGCGACGAUGGGAGCCUCUACGGCGGCGAGGUGGACGGCCAGGACAUCUUCGCCAGCGUCCGGCACCUCGCUGCUUCACCGCCCGACGUUCUCGUCGGCCCGGACUCGAACCCCACGCUCUCUUUUACUUCGGGCAGCGAGGGCCGCCCCAAGGGUGUGUUGGGUCGGCACUUCAGCUUGGUCAAGUACUUCGGCUGGAUGGCCGAGCGCUUCAACCUCUCUUCCGAGAGCCGGUACACCCUGCUCUCGGGCAUUGCGCACGAUCCCGUGCAGCGAGACAUCUUCACCCCGCUCUUCCUCGGCGCGCAGCUCCUCGUGCCCUCGAGGGAGGAUAUCCAGCACGAGAAGCUCGCCGAGUGGAUGCGGGAGCACAAGCCGACCGUCACCCACCUCACACCGGCCAUGGGCCAGAUUCUCGUCGGCGGCGCCACCGCCGAGUUCCCCAGCCUCGAGCACGUCUUCUUCGUGGGCGAUGUGCUGACCACUCGGGACUGCCGUGCCCUCCGGCGCCUGGCAGUCAACGCCAACAUCAUCAACAUGUACGGCACCACCGAGACCCAGAGAGCUGUCAGCUACUACGAGAUUCCCAGCCGUGCGAGAGAUCCCGACUUCUUGGAUAGGCUCAAGGAUACAGUUCCUGCUGGACAGGGCAUGCAGAACGUCCAGCUCUUGGUUGUCAACCGCGAGAACCGGACCGAGCUGUGCAAGGUCGGCGAGGUGGGCGAGAUCUUUGUCCGCGCUGCGGGUCUUGCCGAGGGCUAUCUGGGCGAUCCGGCAUUGAACGAGCAGAAGUUCUUGAUGAACUGGUUCGUCGACAACCAGAAGUGGGUCGAAGCCGACCUCAAGGCGAGCAAGAACGAGCCCUGGAGGCGCUAUUACAAGGGCCCGAGAGACAGGCUGUAUCGUACCGGCGACCUCGGCCGUUACCUCGAGUCCGGAGACGUGGAAUGUGUCGGCCGUGCCGAUGACCAGGUCAAGAUCCGCGGGUUCCGCAUCGAGCUGAACGACAUCGACAGCAACCUCAGCCAGAACCCUCUGAUCCGCGAUUGCAAGACGCUUGUUCGGAGAGAUCGUUUUGAGGAACCGACUCUCGUCAGCUAUCUCGUUCCCGAGCACAAGGAGUGGCUGCGCUGGCUCGAAGACCGGGGACUGGCCGACGUCGAGGACGAGGGCGUCGAGAUGGGUCCCGUCACGGUCUACUUGAAGAAGUACAGGAGAAUGCAGACCGAGGUCCGCGACCAUCUCAAGACGCGGCUCCCCACCUACGCGGUGCCCACCAUCUACAUCGUCCUCAACAAGCUGCCCCUGAACCCCAACGGCAAGGUUGACAAGCCCAACCUCCCCUUCCCCGACGUCGCCGAGCGCGUCGAGGAUGCGUCGGAAGAAGAUAUCAAGAACUGGGAACUCCUUACCGACACCGAGCGGACCGUUGCCCAGAUGUGGGCCGACGUUAUCCGGGGCCUGAACCCCAAGACGGUCAAGAGGGAGAAUGGUUUCUUCGACCUCGGCGGACACAGUCUACUGGCUCAGCAAUUCCUGCUGAGUGUUCGUAAGAAGUUGGGCACCGACGUCCCAAUUAGCACCCUCUACGAGCACCCUAGUCUUGCUGGCUUCAGUGCUCAGGUCGAUAAGAUCCGGGAACACGGCACCGGUCCCGUGGGUCCCGAAGCUGGCGAGGCUGCUUACGCAAAGUCCCUGGAUGAACUGUUGCACCAGCUGCCGGAGAAGUAUCAGUCUGCCGAUGGCGAGGCCCUCGCUUCGGCCGAGCAGCUGACCAUUUUCUUGACCGGCGCGACCGGCUUCCUGGGAUCCUACCUCGUGCGGGACAUCCUGGAUCGGACGGCCCGCAGCGUCAAGCUCAUCGCUCAUGUCCGGGGCGUCAAGGAGCCGUCGGCGGCGCUCUCGCGCCUCCGGAGGUCUCUGCAGGGUUACGGCCUCUGGAGGGAGGAAUGGGGAAGCAGGCUCGGCGCCGUCGUGGGCGACUUGUCCAAGCCCCAGCUGGGAAUUGACGACGCCACUUGGCAAAGCCUCGCACGGGAGGUAGACGUCGUGAUCCACAACGGUGCCACUGUCCACUGGGUCAAGCGGUACCAAGACAUGAUGGCGUCCAACGUUCUCUCGACCAUUGACGCGAUGCGGCUGUGCAACGAAGGAAAGCCCAAGAUCUUCACGUUCGUCAGCUCGACCAGCGUCUUGGACACCGGGUACUACAUCCGCCUGUCGGACCAGCAGACCAGCACCGGGCAAGGUGCCAUCAUGGAGGACGACGACAUGAGCGGAAGCCGCACCGGGCUUGGCACGGGCUACGGCCAGACCAAGUGGGUGUCGGAGCAGCUCGUCAGGGAGGCAGGAAAGCGCGGCCUCCUCGGCUCCGUUGUCAGGCCAGGCUACAUCCUGGGCGACUCCGAAACCGGUGUAUGCAAUGUCGACGACUUCCUGAUCCGCAUGCUCAAGGGCUGUAUCCAACUAUCCGCCCGCCCCCGCAUCAUCAACACGGUCAAUGCGGUGCCCGUCAACCACGUCGCCCGUGUGGUCGUGGCGUCGGCGCUCAACCCGCUCCCCGGGGGCGUCCACGUCGUCCACGUAACGGCCCACCCCCGCCUCCGCAUGAACGAGUACCUCUCCAUCCUCGAGUACUAUGGCUACAAGACGCCCGAGGUGACGUACGACGCGUGGAAGGAGGAGCUUGAGAAGUUCGUCUCGGCCGGUGCGCUGGAGAAGGAUCAGGAGCAGCACGCGCUCAUGCCGCUGUACCACUUCUGCAUGAACGACCUGCCGGCCAACACGCGCGCGCCCGAAAUGGACGACCGCAACGCCGUGGCCAUCCUCAAGGCCGACGCGGAUCGGUGGACCGGGGUCGACGACAGCACGGGCCAAAGCAUCGGCAGGGAGGACGUCGGCAGGUAUCUGGCGUACCUGGCCGAGAUCAAGUUUGUGGGUAGGCCAACUGGAAGGGGCCGGCCACUGCCGGAGAUGAAGCCCGAGGUGCUGGCUGCCCUGGCGGUGGGUGGUACUGGUGGCCGUGGUGGCGCCGUGCCAUAAUUAAGAGGCGGGGACCUUAGGUUGGAAUAAUACAAGGGAAACGAAAGAGGAAGGAAAAAAGAGACGUAAUCUACAACCGUUCAUGUGCAGCAAUAGAAGGGCAACAUGAAAAGGACCCACCGCUUUCCCGUCCUUUGGUGUCGUCUGAAAAACACUGGUCGACCAGUAUCUCGGUUCGUCGUCUCAGCUGAUUAAUUAAUACUUUGAGUCAAGAGACUCGGCUCAAAGUCUACGCAAUAAUUACUACCCACCCUGCUCAUUCACAACCGGGCACCCUCCGAUUGCCUCCGGACUUGUUUCUAGAC